AAAGACACUGAGGAUGAAAUUCGAGAGAUCAUAAGGAACAAUCUCCAUUUACAAGGGAAGUUGGAGGAUCCAGGUAUUCGCUGGCAGAUGGCUUUGUACAGAGACUUUCCUAAGAACUGUGAGGACACAUCAGACCCAGAGAAGACCGUGGAGAGAGUUGUGGACAUCGCACACGUCCUCUUCCACCUGGACCAGGUGGAACAUCCUCAGCGCAGUAAGAAGGCUGUAUGGCACAAACUGCUGUCCAAACAGAGAAAGAGAGCUGUUGUUGCUUGCUUCAGGAUGGCGCCGCUCUAUAACCUGCCCAGGCACCGGGCCGUAAACUUGUUCCUGCAAGGCUACGAGAAAUCCUGGAUCGAGGCAGAGGAGCACUACUUUGAGGACAAACUUAUAGAAGAUCUUGCUAAACCAGGUGAAUGGCAGUCAUCGGAGGAAGAGGAGGGAGUGAAACACAUCGACCCUCUGCAUCAGCUCAUCCAGCUGUUCAGCAGAACGGCCCUCACUGAGAAAUGUAAACUGGAUAAGGAUAACCUCUACAUGGCCUACGCUGACAUCAUGGCUAAGAGUUGCCACGAUGAGGAAGAUGAAGAAGGAGAAGUGAAGAGUUUUGAAGAAAAGGAGAUGGAGAAGCAGAAGUUGCUGUAUCAACAGGCUCGAUUGCAUGAUCGUGGAGCUGCUGAAAUGGUGCUUCAAACUAUCAGUGCAAGUAAAGGUGAGAUGGGCUCUAUGGUUGCAUCCACUCUAAAGCUAGGCAUAGCCAUCCUCAAUGGAGGAAACUCAACUGUGCAGCAGAAAAUGUUGGAUUAUCUGAAAGACAAGAAGGAUGUUGGCUUCUUUCAGAGUCUGGCUGGUCUAAUGCAGUCAUGCAGUGUUCUGGAUCUGAAUGCAUUUGAGCGGCAAAACAAAGCAGAGGGACUGGGGAUGGUCACAGAAGAAGGAUCAGUCAUGACUCAUGAGCGUGGUGAGAAGGUCUUGCAGGAUGACGAGUUCACCUGUGACCUUUUCCGCUUUCUGCAGCUGCUCUGCGAAGGACACAACUCAGACUUCCAGAACUACUUGAGAACUCAAACAGGGAACAACACAACUGUCAACAUCAUCAUCUCUACUGUUGACUAUCUACUCCGAGUCCAGGAGUCUAUCAGUGACUUCUACUGGUAUUAUUCUGGGAAAGAUGUUAUCGAUGAGCAGGGCCAGAGAAAUUUCUCCAAGGCGAUAAAGGUGGCCAAGCAGGUGUUCAACACUCUCACCGAGUACAUCCAGGGUCCGUGCACGGGCAACCAGCAGAGUUUGGCUCACAGUCGACUGUGGGACGCUGUGGUUGGUUUUCUACAUGUCUUCGCUCACAUGCAAAUGAAACUGUCACAGGACUCCAGUCAGAUCGAGUUACUUAAAGAACUGAUGGAUCUGCAGAAAGACAUGGUUGUGAUGCUGCUGUCCAUGCUGGAAGGUAACGUUGUGAAUGGGACUAUUGGGAAGCAGAUGGUGGACAUGUUGGUAGAAUCUUCAAACAAUGUGGAGAUGAUCCUCAAGUUCUUUGACAUGUUCCUCAAACUGAAAGACCUGACCUCCUCAGACGCCUUCAUGGAGUACGACCCUGACGGGAAAGGUGUCAUCUCCAAAAAGGACUUCCAUAAGGCCAUGGAGAGCCAUAAACACUACACCCAGUCUGAGACUGAGUAUCUGCUGUCCUGCGCCGAGACUGAUGAGAACGAAAUCCUGGACUAUGAAGAAUUUGUGAUGCGCUUCCAUGAGCCAGCCAAAGACAUUGGCUUCAACGUGGCAGUUCUGCUGACCAACCUUUCAGAGCACAUGCCUCACGACACACGGCUGCAGACCUUCCUGGAGCUGGCAGACAGCGUCCUCAAUUACUUCCAGCCUCACCUAGGCCGGAUUGAGAUCAUGGGCAGCGCUAAGCGGAUUGAGAGGGUGUACUUUGAGAUUAGCGAGUCCAGUCGAACGCAGUGGGAAAAACCUCAGGUUAAAGAGUCCAAGCGUCAGUUCAUAUUUGAUGUGGUGAACGAAGGGGGUGAGAAGGAGAAGAUGGAGCUGUUUGUGAAUUUCUGCGAAGACACAAUAUUUGAAAUGCAACUGGCAGCUCAGAUGUCCGACGCUGGAGAGCGCUCAGCUCUGAAGGAGGAGAGUGAGCAGGAAAAACCAGAGGAGGAAACCCCUGCGAUGGGCUUCUUCUCCGUUACUACAGUCCGCGUGGCCCUGCUUGCCCUUCGUUACAAUGCCAUGCUGCUCAUAAAGGCACUUUCCAUAAAAAGCUUAAAGAAACAAAUGAAGAAAUUUAAGAGCAUGACGGUCAAAGAAAUGGUGACUACUCUGGUCUCCUUCUACUGGUCAGUACUACUGGGUCUCCUCCAUGUAGCCUUCAGUGUGGCUCGAGGAUUUUGUAGAAUCUUCUAUCACACCUUCUUGGGAGGAAAUUUGGUGGAAGGGGCUAAGGGCAUUAAGGUGUCAGAGCUGCUUGCCAACAUGCCUGACCCCACCCAAGAUGAGGUGCGGGGGGAGGGAGAGGACAGGGAAAAGAGGCUAUCUGACCGCAGUUCUCAAAAGGAGAACCUUGCAGACCUUGCAGUCAAUACUAGUGAGACCGAGCUGCUUUCAGAUAUUUUUGGCCUAGACUUAAGAAGAGAGGGGGGACAGUACAAAAUCACCCCCCACAACCCCAACGCCAGCAUCACUGAGCUCCUCAACUCCCCAGUUCCCUCACCUGCCCUACCUAUGGAUUCCCAGCCCGAACUUCGACAAAGACAUCAGUCAAAGAUGUGCUCUCAGAAGGAAGCUGUUCCCAAAGCUGAAUCUGAGCCAGAGAAAUUAUCUGAGCAGAGACCUGUUGAGGAACAGGACAAACAACCAAAAAGUGAGAAGAUGAAACCUAAAGUUAGAAGACACCACAACUCAAAGUCUGAUGAACCUGAUCUGCAGGAGUCAGUUUUUCUGAAGAAGAUCAUCAUCUACCAGAGGAAGCUGCUGAACUACUUUGCUAGAAACUUCUACAACAUGAGGAUGCUUGCAUUGUUUGUAGCAUUUGCAAUCAACUUUAUUCUCCUGUUCUACAAGGUUUCUACGUGCUCAUCCCUGGUUGAGGAGAGUGAAGCCGUGCACACCAGCAGACAAACAGCCAGAGGUGUUCAGUGGGACCCACUGGUUGGUGUACCAGAGGUAAAGAAGGGAAUGAGUGAUGAGACUGGGGAGCCCCUGAAACCUGUCACAGUCCGCUUUGUCCUGGAAGAGAGCAGUGGUUACAUGGAGCCCAUGUUACGGAUCCUGGCCGUCCUCCACACAGUCAUUUCCUUCUUCUGCAUCAUCGGAUACUACUGUCUGAAGGUGCCACUGGUGAUCUUUAAACGAGAAAAAGAAGUAGCAAGAAAGCUGGAGUUUGAUGGUCUGUACAUCACAGAGCAACCUUCUGAGGAUGACAUCAAAGGACAGUGGGACAGACUAGUAAUCAACACACAGUCUUUCCCUAACAACUACUGGGAUAAGUUUGUGAAAAGAAAGGUGAUGGAUAAAUAUGGGGAAUUCUAUGGCCAUGAUCGCAUCAGUGAGUUGCUGGGACUGGACAAGGCUGCUUUGGAUUUCAGCAGUGCUAACAAGAAAAGAAAGCCGAGGAAAGACAGCUCACUAGCAGCUGUGUUGAACUCUAUCGAUGUCAAGUACCAGAUCUGGAAACUCGGGGUUGUUUUUACAGACAAUUCCUUCCUGUAUCUGGCCUGGUACAUGAGCAUGUCUGUCCUGGGUCACUACAACAACUUUUUCUUUGCUGCCCACCUGCUGGACAUCGCCAUGGGUUUUAAGACUCUGCGAACCAUCCUCUCCUCAGUCACACACAACGGCAAACAGCUGGUGUUAACCGUUGGCUUGCUAGCUGUGGUGGUCUACCUUUACACAGUAGUCGCCUUCAACUUCUUCAGGAAGUUCUACAACAAGAGCGAAGAUGGAGAACUUCCAGACAUGAAAUGUGAUGACAUGUUGACAUGCUACAUGUUCCACAUGUAUGUUGGUGUGCGAGCCGGGGGAGGCAUUGGUGACCAAAUAGAGGACCCAGCUGGUGAUGAGUAUGAGAUCUAUCGCAUCAUUUUUGAUAUCACUUUCUUCUUCUUCGUCAUUGUAAUCCUACUGGCCAUCAUCCAGGGUCUGAUCAUUGAUGCCUUCGGAGAACUGAGGGACCAGCAGGAACAAGUUAAGGAAGAUAUGGAGACGAAAUGUUUCAUCUGUGGAAUAGGAAACGACUACUUUGACACGGUACCGCAUGGCUUUGAAACGCACACUCUGCAGGAGCACAACUUGGCAAACUACUUAUUCUUUUUGAUGUAUCUCAUCAACAAAGAUGAAACAGAGCACACAGGCCAGGAGUCUUACGUAUGGAAGAUGUACCAAGAGCGCUGCUGGGAAUUCUUCCCGGCUGGUGACUGUUUCAGGAAACAAUACGAGGAUCAGCUCAACUGAGCCAUUCUUGGAGCAAUAGACUCAAUACAUUCACAAGGUCUCCACAUCAUGGCAGUCUGCUGCCACGAGCCCUCUGCUUGUCUCACGACACAUAUCUUGCAUCUUUUUCGGAGAACUUAUUCCUCCAAACGACGCAUUCAUGCGCUGAACUUCCUGAUUUAGAAAGCUCGACACACCUUCCUUGAGCCACCUUCCUUCAGACCAUCACCUCAACAGCUCUACAGGAUUUGCAGCGCAGGUUGUUUGGAAUGCUCAGAAAAUCUUUGUAAAUAAAAUAUCAGAUUAUAUGCUGUACCAUAGGUUACUUGUUUUGGCCCAAAAAAGUUUUGUUUAUUUCAUUUUAUUAUAAACAGUCCACAACAUGCAAAAAAUACAAAGAAGUGAUGGAGCAAAGGAGAACUUACGAGGAUUUGAAGACGAAGGAGAAUGGACAAUGAUGGACACCUAAAGAGCCUCAAACUGUGUGAAUUUUCAUGUGUAAAAUGCUGAAUGUCUCCUCUCACUUCUAAAGCUUCAGUUGAAGUUACAACAACUCCGAAAGUUGGACUCUGACAUGUUAGGGCCCAUGACCGGUGUGUAAUGUGUCUGAAAAGGGUUGAAUGCUCCGUCAGACCAAUGAAAACCACCACAGGUCUGACAAAGAGCUGCUGCGCUCAAAUCUAAUCCUAGUUUAUAGUUCAUGUGUCAGAAACUUCUUAAUACAUGUGAAGGGCUUCGAAAGUCAUUGUUAACUGUAUGCCAGAGAAUUUCACUCAAUGCAUCCCAAAGUCAACCAAAUGGUUAUUUAUAGAGCAGAGUGCAAGAACUCCCCGAGGCGCUUUUCAACACAAUAUUUGAAAAGCACCUUCACACGCUGGUGUGAACGGAUGCUAGUGCAAAACUCUGCUACAAGUGGCUCCACCUUACUCCGGUCUUGUCCCAUCUUCUCUGGCACCCAGAGUUUAGGGUUCGGUUUAAAAUCCUGGUUAAGGUGUAUAUACUGUAGGCUUUCAAGAGCAAGCGCCCCCCUACUUGGGUGACUUUUUGCAAAUCUGUUCCCCAUUCAACAAACAGAGAGAGGGUUAGCUUUAGGAGAUUCUUCUGCCUGUCCCUAAAACCCUUAAAGCAGUGGCCCCGCGACUGUGAAAUGCUCUCCCCAUCCUUGCUUUGUGCAGAUUCUCUGUUUUUUUUAAUCUUGCUUUUAAAACCUUGUAACUUUUGGUUUUCUUUCUUUCACUGUUAGUUUUAGCCACAUUUUCUUUUCAUUUAUUCUGUUCCUCCUACUCUGGUCUUGUAUGUCUAUCAUUUUGUCAUGAACCGCUUUGUGUUUUUACCCAAGAAAGUGCCAGUAUAAUUAACUUGCGUACAUUACAGUCACAGCUGCGUUGGGGGCUCACUGACAGAAGCAAGGCUGAGGGGCAUUGGCACCGCCUAUUGCUGCUACCACCACUAGCAGGCAAGGAGCCUACAGAGGCUAGAAGGGCAGCACCAGCUUUGGGUAGAGACCGUAAAAAUAAGAUGGCGGAUACAAGCGGCUGAAAUUUCUUUUCUCCGCAGGGUGUCCGGGCUCUCCCUUGGGUGCUUGGCCAUCAAGAGGAGUCGGGUGAGGAGGCUCAGGCAUCCGGUUAGGCAGAGGUGUCGGAACAUCAACAAGAAUAAAACUAACAUUUUAUUGGAAAUUUCUAUUUUUUAGUGUUUUAGCAUUUUCUGCAUUAAACAGCUGGAAGUUUGUGGUGAACAAUAGUUACUGAGUUAAGGUUUCACUACUGUAGGUGAAAUAGGUGUAACAACCUGUGUGAAUGCACCAGAAGGCAGGAAAUGGCAUUUACACCAUUUAUAUGUUGAACCUAUUUAGCCUUAGUUUCCCAUAUUAAUAGGAUAGUUGCUUAGAGCUGCUAACUUUGGAACGAAUAAACCAAAAUCCGGUAUUGCACGAGCAUUGAACACAUACCGAGUAUUGCAUUGGUGGUAUUGUGUACCAGGAUAAUGCCAGUACCAGUUAAACUGAGGAGUUAAACACUCUUACUGCAGAGGGGAUGAAUGACCUACGGUCGCGUUCUGUUCUGGGAUGUCUCAGCGUGUUUAUGUUUAUUUAUUUGGCUGAUUGCGUAAACCCAUGCAUGCAUGGGGAAAACAUGCAACUCCACACAGAAAGACUGCAGCUGGUUUUCGAACCUGCAACCUUCUUGCUGCAAGGUAUCAGAGGUAACAACUGCUCCACCAUGCAGCCCAGUAUCCUCCUUUCACAAGUCUCAGCUGAAUUUAGUUGGCAGCCCAGAAGCGAGCUAGCUUUGUGAACUGGCUUGUUCAGUCUCUUUGAGUCUCGGUCAGAGCUGCCUGCACCCCAACAGACCACAGCAGAGCCGACAGAGUGCUAAAAGGAUUUUUGCAGAUGGGAAUUAACUCUGAAGGACCUCAGUCUCCUCAGGAGGUGGAGGCGCUUUGGCUCUUCCUAUAUAAAGCAUCUGUGUUGUUGGACUAGUUCAGUUUGAUGUUGAGGUGAACACCCAGGUACCACCACCUCAAUGUCUGCUCCCUGGAUGCUUAACAGUGAGUGGAGUGUUUCUCUGGAAGUUGGUCACCGUUUCCCUUGUCUUACUGGUGUUCAAGCAAAAGUGGUUAUGCUCACACCAGUCCACAAAGUCCAUGAUGACUGACCUGUGCUCCUGGUCGUUCCCCUCAGACACACAGCUGGCCGAGUCAUCAGAGAACAUCUGGAAAUGGCAGCUGCUGUAGUCAUUUUUCAACACUGCUUCCCUUUGACUGGAGGAAGGAAAGAUACUUACUCCGUUAAACAAGAAGUAAAAUACAUGUUUGCUAUUCUAAGAUUAAACAAUAGCUCUUCAGGUGGGAGCAUAUGAAUUUAAUCCCAUACAAGCAGAAAAGCAAUUAGCACAUUUUUGGUUAACAACAGAGAUGCAAAAAAUGCCGUACGGUUAUGAAAUCAUCACAUCAUCUGGCAGUAGACGAACGUGGUCAGCCGAUGCAGGUUCAACUCCGUUUGUCCAGUCUUUGUGACAUCACAGCUCUUUGCUCCACCUGAAACGGUUUGUGUGUGUUCAGCUUCAGAGCGCUAGUAAUGAGCAGUUUAGAAGUAAUAAGGCAAAUUUUUAUGCAUAACUACAUUAUCAGUGUUAACUCUUGUCAUGGCUAGGGAUGUUUAGAGGGACGCAAGUUGAAUCAAAUGUUGAUUUUAAUGUGAAAAACAAGACUUGAGUGAUUAGUCUAGUCAGUGACUUCAGGUCUCGUGUUCCAAAGUACUGUAAGAUCUCUGCGGAUGAGGCUCCUGCAGCAGGGUUAUUUUGAGACUGUUGGAUUCUGAGCUUUGGUUAGACUAAUCCUUUUUUGGUCUUCUUUUGGGCAUGCUGACCCUACAGACUGUCUAUGAUUUGUUGUGUAGCCAGAGGCUGAAAAGGAGCCCCAUUUACUGACUCCAACCUGAAGUUUACUGGUGGUGCAUGCAUAAUGUCCAUUUAGUCCAAGAACAAUGUGACCGACACGUCUGCAACCAAACCAUGGGAGUGUUGGAGUUGCUGCCAUGUUUUCAUACUUUGCUGGUGGCCCGGUUUUUUAUACUAAUGCAAUAUCAGUUCAGACUGAAUAGUGUCAUAUAAGCGUUUAAAAAUAUUUUCCAUAUGAAAACAUUCUGUUUGCCACAUUGUAAUGCAACAUGUAGACAUUUUAAAUGGACUCAUGCUACUUCUGACAGAGAAAAUGUAAAAGAGGAACUUAGUAAACAAGCAAUGAAUGGAUUUGCAUGAAUGAAAAAUAAAACUUAUUUAUAAACUUGUAGAA